AUGCACGCCACUGCUCUCGCCCUCCUGGCUUUGUCCGCCUGCGCGGCUGGACAGAGCCUGCCCGACAGCAAGGUGCCGUUCAUCGGCGGCGGCGUCUACAAGGCUGACGACCCCAAGCUGGCCAACUACACCUUCCAGUUCAAACCGCCGUUUGCCAACGCCAACUACGGCGGAUACUACUCGUGGCAGGUCAACAACAACACCGUCGCCAUCACCAACUUCACCGGCUACACUGCUCCGCCCGACUCGCUGACCAAGUACCCCUUCUUCCUCAUCAGCGAGGGCAAGCCCAAGGCCAUCAACCCGAACCCGUCUGACAAGGCCCGUCGGGACGACGAGCAUGGCCAAAAGUUCCAGAAGAUCCUUCACAUCAUCUUCGAGAACGAGUACUACGGCUGGACCAUGAGCGACCCGUGGUGGCAGCUGCUGGCGCGCCGGGGCAAGCUGCUCACCAACAGCCACGGCAUCACGCACCCGUCGCUGCCCAACUACGCGGCCAUGGUGGCGGGCGACUUCUUCGGCAUCGCCAACGAAGACUUCUACCACAUCAACGCGACGACCGUCUACGACCUGCUGGACGCCAAGGGCCUGGACUACGCGACGUACGUCGAAUGGUACAACCCGGCGGAGACGCAGCGCGGGCCCAACGACUGCAACAACUACGUGACGUACGGCCCCAUGGACAACACCAACCCCGAGUGGGUGAGCCAGAUCUACCGGCGGCUGGACACGCCGGCGAUGCUGUUCACCACGUACACCACCGACUACCGGCGGUGCAGCAAGAUCUACAACGCGACGGACAAGUUCGAUGCCGACGUGCGCUCGCACAGCCUGCCGGCCUAUUCGUUCUACGUGCCGGACAUGCUGCACAACGGGCACGACCCGGAGUCGGACAGCGACUACGUGCACCAGUCGACCACGUCGGGCAUGUGGCUGAACGCCUUCCUGGACAUGUACCUGCCGGCGCUGCAGGAGCAGGGCACGCUGGUCGUGGCGACCUGGGACGAGGCGACCUGGACCAACGACAGCGACAGCAUCCCCAACAACAACAACAGCAUCGCCACGGUGCUGUUUGGCCACGGCAUCACCCCGAACACCAAGGACGACACCUACAUCACCCACUACGGCCUGCUGCGGGGUGUCAUCCACAACUUUGGCCUGGGCUCGCUGGGUCGGAACGACACCAACGCGACCAACGGGGAUCUGUACGCGCUUGUCAACUAA